AUGGUCCUUCAGGUUGGGGGUUAUGCGCAAGGCUAUCAACCCUGCCAUGUGAAAUCAACCUUGUUCAGAACACAGAUAGUCUUAGGCGAUUGUAAUGCCAAAUUGGGAAAGGAAAAUAUAUUCAGAACAACCAUUGAAGAAGAGCCUAAUGGAAAAAGACCACUAGGUAGACCUAAGUUGAGAUGGGAAGACGGUGUGAAGAGAGAAGUAGAAAGGAUAGAGCCUGGUGUCAAACGGGGAGAAGUAGUGGAGGACAGGGAUAGGUGGCAAAGCACAUGCAGCCCAUUAGGUGGUUCGCAAUUUUCGUUGACCACUCAAAACACGUGCUGUUGUCAACAUGUGGUCAACAAUUGCAAAAUGAUGAUAGAAAACAACAACAAUAUGUGGCAACAAAACUCGUUCAAACACAAUAGGAGCAAUAAUGGAGGGCCAAAAAAUUCAAACGGAGAGCCAUACGAAGACAGUGACGGUCUAACGUGGAGGAGGUUGCACAUGAGCAGAGCAAAACUCAAAGCUACAGCUACCACAUCUGAACUCUUAUCUGGAUUUGCAAUGGUGGCGAUGGUGGAGUUGCAGAUCAACGAACCGACCAUGGUUCCUGAAUGGUUGUUCAUCAUGUUCGCGGUGUGCACCACAGUGCUAGUGGCCGURCACAUAUUCGCGUUGAUGAUCAGCACGUACCUGUUGCCCAACGUGGACGCCAUCAGCAAGCUGCAGAGCACYAAGCUGAUCCAGGAGUCGCCGCACGAGCGUAUGCGCGGCUUCGUCGAGCUGGCUUGGGCGUUCUCCACCGUGCUCGGACUAUUCCUAUUCCUCGUCGAAGUGGCCAUACUGUGCUGGGUCAAGUUCUGGGACCACUCGUUCCGGGCCGCCAUGGCCGCCACCAUAAUCGUCAUACCUGUGCUGGUAAUAUUCGUGUUCUUCGUGUUCCACUUCUACCGAAACCUGGUCGUGUACAAAUGCGAGUCCACUGUGUCCGACAUCAAGGAACUGGAGGCCAUGAAGAAGAAACUGGACGUGGCUGGUACCACUAAAGUCGUCUGACCAGCGCCGCGGCCAAUUGGUAGUUUUACGUAAUGUUAUUAUUGUUGAUGCAGGGCUCGUAAAAGUUGGCCCACAAAAUAAAAAAAUGCACAUAAGUAAUAAAAGCUACGUGCACUUGCUGUGCACUAUAAAAAGUUUUGAAAUAUAUGCAUUUAUAUUCACAAAAAAAAAACUAUAUUCACUUGAAUUAAUAUGCAGCGUGAUAGAAAAAAUCUAAAGYAAAUAUUCUAAAAUAACAAGAAAUAUCCAUUCGUUUUGAAUGUCUUUAUUUUAUUUUUGUGAUUCUAAUCGUUUACAUAAUUUUUUCCGUAAAUUAAUGACAUACUUAUAUACAGUAGUCAUAAUAGAAAAAAAAGAACAUACACGAAUGUAAAAAUUCAAUUUAUACGAAAUAAAAUUAUGUGGUA